AUGACGGGCAUAAUUGGCAUAGACUACGGCCUCGGCUCUAUCAUGCCCCCACCCCCACGCCCUCGCCAUACAAAUGGUUAUAUCAACUCACAGGACUGGGCAAACCACGGUGGAGAUUAUCUCAACAGAAGAUACGCUUCUAAGGAGACCAAGAUCAGCCCCCAAACAGUUUCAAAACUCCGCCUAAAGUGGAAGUUUUAUGCAGGGGAUCAUGUAACUGCAACGCCUGCAAUUUAUGACAACAGCCUCUACUUUCCGAGCUGGAAUGGCUACAUCUACGUCGUUAGAGCUUCCGACGGGUCUCUCAUUUGGAAGAAGAACUUGCUAACGUUGACCGGCCUUAACACAACUGGUUUUGUUUACGCCGUCAACACCACAGUAUCAAGAUCAACUCCGACGAUUGCUGGUGUUCGUGGUGACCUCCUAAUCUUUGGACUCUAUGCACCUGCGGUCGUUGUUGCCGCAACUGGGAGGCUCGUUUGGUCAACAUUUCUUGAUAGACAUCCCGCAAGUCUUAUAACAAUGUCCGGAACUUACUACAAAGGGAGUAUUUAUAUUGGAACGUCAUCCCUAGAAGAAACCGUCAGUGCUGAGAAAUGUUGUACCUUCCGUGGUAGCCUUGCCAGAUUAGACGUUAAAACUGGCGCCAUAAAAUGGCAAACCUUCAUGUUGCCGGACAAUCAUGGAAACUUGGGGCAGUAUUCCGGGGCAGCAAUAUGGGGAAGUAGUCCCUCAAUUGAUGUCCUCAGGAAACAUGUGUAUAUUGCUACCGGAAAUACAUAUUCUGUCCCAGAAAAUGUAAGUGAAUGUCAAGAAAAUCAGAACAAUGCAACUGUGCCUGCUCAUCCGGAUGCCUGUGUCGAGCCUCAAAACCAUGGCAAUUCAAUCCUGGCACUUGAUAUGAAGUCUGGUAAUAUCAAAUGGUACCGGCAAUUGGGUGGCUCCGAUGUAUGGUUCGUGCAGUGCCAGUUUAAUGCUUCGACUUGCCCUCCUGGACCUAAUGUGGAUGCUGAUUUUGGGGAAGCGCCUAUGAUGCUUAGUGCUCAAGUCAAUGGGAGCUUGCCGGAUAUGGUUGUUGCAGUUCAGAAAAGUGGGUUUGCAUGGCCUCUAGAUCGGAAUAAUCGUCUUGUUUGGUCUACGGAAGCUGGGCCUGGUGGCACCGGUGGAGGAGGAAUAUGGGGAGCAGCUACUGAUGAGGGAAGGGUGUACACUAACAUUGCUAAUUCCGGUGCCAAUAAUUUCACUCUCAAACCAUCUAGCAAGAUAACAACUUCCGGUGGAUGGGUGGCAAUGGACACUUCUAGUGGCAAAAUCCUAUGGUCGACGGCUAAUCCCAGCAAUGCAACUUCGUCUGGACCAGUUAGUGUGGCUAAUGAUGUUCUGUUUGGAGGAUCCACAAACCCGCAAGGGACGAUAUAUGCAAUGGACUCAAAAACGGGAAAAAUCUUGUGGUCUUAUGUCACCGGAGCAACCGUGUACGGUGGCAUGUCCAUAAGCAAGGGUUGCAUUUACAUUGGCAAUGGAUAUAGAUUCCCAUAUACUGCUGGAACCUCGCUGUUCGCCUUCUGUGUUGCAUAA